AUGUCCUUUCAACAACAUCAAUUCUAUAGUAGUAAUAGUAGUGGUGGUGGUGGUGGUGUUGGUGGUAGUAGUAGUAGCGGUAUUGGAAAUCAAGAUUGGAAACAACAGGGCCUGACACACCAAAUCAACCAACUCAAAGCGAGAACACUCCAUCAAAUCGAUGAAAUCGAUCAACUUACCAAAGAGAAAUCUGAUCUCUACUAUAAACUCGAGAAACUAAAGUACCAACAACAAUAUUCUACCAAUUUUAAUAACAAUAAUAGUGAUAAUAAUAACAAUAUUAAUGAUAAUGGUCCAUUUUUAAGUAAUACAACUAAUUUUAAUAAAAUUAAUAAUAGUAGUAGUAAUAAUAGUAAUAAUAGUAAUAAUAGUAAUAGUAAUAAUAAUAAUAAUAAUAAUAUUAAUAAUAACUAUAACAAUGGUAAUAGUUACAAUAAGUUGGUAGACUAUGAAAAGUCAAAUUUAAAUGGAAAUAAUAAUAAUAGUAAUAAUAAUAAUAAUAUUAGUAAUAAGAAUUUAGAAGAAUAUCUAGUAUCUUUAGUUACUCAGCUAAUGAAUGAAAAUAAACAACAAAUUAAUAAUAGUAAUAAUGAGAACCAUAUUCAAAUAGAUCAAUUAAAAGAUCAGUUGAAAGAGAUAAGACAACAAUAUCAAUUACAAUCACAGCUAUUGAAACAAAUGGAGCAGAAACUACAGAGUUUACAAGAUACAAAAAAUAGUAAAAAUAAUGAAAAUCAAGAAUAUAUUAAAACACUUAUUACCAAACAACUCCAAGGCUAUGAGAAACAGUUGAUUUCACUUCACACAGAGAUCAGCUCAACCAAAGAAAUGGUAGUGAAACUGGACCCAAGAAAACAUUAUGAAAAAGAAAAGAAACACUAUUUACACAUGAGACAGAGAGUUGAAGAUGUGAAAAGUAGAAUGGAGAAAUUAGAGAAUUCUUGGGUUGCGUUUGUUGCUAGUGAAGAACAAUUUGCACUCAAUACCAACAACUAUGUAAAUAAUGUAAACAGAAUAGAAAAUGAAACUCAACAAGAUAAAGUCAAAGAUGACAAUAAUAAUAAUAGUAAUAACAAUCAAACAGAAGCGGAAUCAGUAAAACAGAGUGAUGAUGCACAAAAUAUAUUGGAAGGUGAAGUGGAAGUGAAUAUCAAUGUAAAUUUAGAUCGUACUGCAUCUUUAGUUAAAAGCCAGCAACAACAACAACAACAACAACAACAACAACAACAACAACAACAACAACAACAACAACAACAACAACAACAACAACAACAACAACAACAACAACAACAACAACAACAACAACAACAACAACAACAACAACAACAACAACAACAACAACAACAACAACAACAGCAACAGCAACAACUACUGAUACAACAACAGCAACAAGAACAACUUAUACAACAACAACAACUGCAACAAGAACAUAACCAUAAUAGUCAACAAGUGGUAAAUAUAAUUAAUAAUGAUAAUUAUAAUGUUAUUGCUACAGAUAAAGUUGUUCAUUUUGAUAAUUCAGUUGAUAAUAUUAUAAUUAACCGAGCUAUUACCCCACCUAUUACAUUUUUUGAUUAUGGAAAGAAUGACUAUCAAGAAGCAAAAGAAGAAGAGGAUGGCGGUAUUGAAGAACAUAAAGAUGUAGAACAAUUACAACUCUUACAGCAACAACAGCAGCAACAACAACAACAACAACAACAACAACAACAACAACAACAACAACAACAACAACAACAACAACAACAACAACAACAACAACAACAACAACAACAAGAGAUGGAUGCAGUCGUUGAAUAUACCGGUAAUAAAGAUAAUGCUGGCGAUGAGCCUAGGCAAGAUAUCUUUACUCAAAAAUAUGAGGAUGGUACAAGAUCAAGAUUAAUCAUUGAAGAACUAAAGAAAUACUUGGAGAAUGUAAAACAAAAAGAUCAUAAUUAUGUUACCUUUGGUGAUAAACCAUAUCGAUUAUUGAGCCAUUUCGAACAUAAUGAAGACUCCAUCGAGGCAGAGAAGGUCCAUAUCAUUCAGAAAUUAGAUGAAAUAUUGACGCAGCGGGAGAUCGAUGCUAAUGGAAUUACCAAUGAAGAUCUCGAUAUCUACUUGGAGCAGCUGGAGGAAGAGAAGAAGAAUGACGAUAACUACAUGGAUCAAGCAGAGAUGAGAGAUCAUCUCGAUAUUGCAACUAACGGUGUCAUUCAAGAUAAUAUCAACUUUAUCCUUGCCAUGGGCAAACACUACCGCUUUGACAACUCCAGUCAUCGUAGAUCGUUUAUAAAUCAAAACAGCAACCUCACAGUCCAAGACAUCUUGGGAAACGUUAACUACCAAGACACCAGUGGUAGUAUCGUCGAUCUCAAUAACAGUAUUACAAAGAGUCGCAUCGAUAGUCUGAGCAACAGCGUUGGUAACAGUCCUAGGAGUAAUCUCGAGAGUAACGGUGGUGUUGGUGCUGGUUCUGAGAGUAUAAACAAUAGUCUUGAAAAUACUUUGAAUGGUACUUUGAAUGGUACUUUGAAUAGUACUUUAAAUAGGAAUAAUAGAACUAAUAAUAGUAGUGAUAACAAUAGCAGUAAUAAUGAUGAUAAUAAGAAUAAUCAUAGUGAUGAGAAUUACAAUAAUAUCAGUUUAAAUUCUACUACAAGAAAGUUUACAGAUAGCAAAGAUAUAUUGAACAAAACCAAUAAUCUCAAAGAUUUAAUUCAAGACUUUAAUGCAUCAAAGAAUAAAAAAUAA